CGUGUUGCCUGCCUGUCAAACUCAAGGCAGCCUAUAAGAAAACAUCCUAUGAGAAAUGCCCCCCUCCCCCUUCUCUUCUGCAGACAAGGCUGCUGGAAGAUCCAAAGGGUGGGAGCUCACCUGCCCUUGGAGGGGGCUGCUGCUAGACCUCUAGGGACCCAGCCCUCUCGAUCUCUCUGGGAGAAUGGGAGGCUGCAGCCACCUCUCUUGGUCCACAAGGGGCAGUCUGAUUCUGCGGGGAGGAGUCGGUCCUGGGGGCCAUAAGGGGCUUUAGAAGUAACCACCGGGGCCCUUGCAUUAAGACAGAAACCUAAACAACCAGCACAGCUCCCUUAAAAUAGGGGUGGGCCUGCCUGGGGCCAGUCAAUGAAUGAGCAUCUGCCACUUCCAAGUUACCUUCAAGGGCAGCCCCACGUAAAGCAGAUUGCAGUAGCCUAAGAAAGAGAAGGGAGGAGUACAGGGCAGCACCACCUGGUCAAGGGAAGGGUGUAACUGGUGGACUGGCUACAGUUGGCCAAAGGCUGUCCUGUCCACAGCCUCUCUCCGCUGUUCUCUUUGGAACCGCAAGUCCAGGAGAACUCUCCAGAUCGCACACCUGCUCCUUCAGGAGAAAUGAGGCCUCCGGUGGAGUAAUAGAUACAUGUCCAAGGAAGAUCAGAGACUGAUAGUAAUGCCGUAUUGCUGAGACUCCAUCUGCCCCUUUCAGACCCUCACAGUCUCUGGGCACUGGGUAAAAGCCCCACGACAUCUCCUCCUUCACCUGCAUAGAGAUGUAAACGUGAAGCUGGAUAACCAGCAUAGUGAUGGUGCCAAGGCCACCUGUGACAUCCCUUGAUAGUUGUGGGCAUCACAAUUGGGUUGCCCCAGGGCAAACUCUCUCCCGUAACAAGCUUGAUUGGAACUGCCCACUUAGGAAGGGGCAGAAGCACUGCAACCCACCCCACCCCAGACCAUAAUGGAUGCUAUGGAAAGCUAGGGACAAGGAGGGCGGGCACCCCACCAAGGUCCUGCUGCAUCCCCAGGCCCAAGUGGGUGGCUCUGCCUUGCUCAACAGAGACUGAGCUGAGGCAGGUUCUUAUGGGCACUUUCCAGGAUCUGGCACCCUCCCAUGCGAUAUUAAAUCACCUGAGGAAAAUUGUUGGCCAGUGAAGGACAGAACCUUCAUUACCAGAGAAAGGAAAAUGAAGCCGUUGCUGCACCUGUAGGCAGGUUCCCUCUCACGUUGCAAAUCGUGGCUAGACGGACACUGCAGCCCUCUGCGAAGGAGCUCCAAGCUGCCCUGUAGGCUGGCACUUAUGGCCGGCGCCAUCCGCCAGAGACCGGCAAGCAGAAUCUCCCUUUACAUAGCUGUGUUGCUUGCUAAACCCUCCCGUGGUUAUCCCAAGAAACGUUUUGCCUUUUUUGAGUGCUACUAACGCAAUGAGGUUUGCAUUGACUGGUGUGCCUCCUUUUAUCUCAGCUCACAGCAGCGUAUAGAAAAUGAGUGCUGUAAAUGGUUACAGCUUUUUGCAUUUAGCUGUUAAAAAGUGACCAUUCCAGUCCACCAAACCUCGGGUCUCAAUUUAAAAGCGAAGGAGGGCAGAGGCUCGGUUGGGUGGCUGUAGGGCCAUGAAGAUCUUUCAGACUAAAACGUAGCUAUGCUGAUGGUCUGUGGCCCAUUCACACACACUGCUAAAUCAUCAGACCCCUGUGCCUGUUGGGGGAAAUGUGUCACAGCUGCCCAGGAUGGAAAUUCCCCACUUGUCCAGUGUGUGAAGGUAGCAUGGGUGAUCUUUUCUGCAUUGGUUGGGGGAAAAGGGUUAUCAGGCAGAUCCUGGGCUGGUUUUGCACCAGGAGAUCGUUCAGUAACUCAGUCAGCUGCGUGUGCAUUGUGUGCGCACUGUAUUAUUUUUGAAAGGUAUGCUUAAUGCUGGGCUACUGAUAAAACAUGGGCAUAAUUCUAUUGCUUAUUCGUACAGUAUCCUAAACCAGGGGUCUUCAACCUUGGCAACUUUAAGACUUGUGGACUUCAACUCCCAGAAUUCUGGUAAUUGAAGUCCACAAGUCUUAGAGUUGCCAAGGUUGGAGACCCCUGCCCUAAACCAAGAUCUAACAGCUGCAUUUGUGUAACCCAUUAAACUUGGUUGGCCUUAACCUUGGUUUUAGUUCUGAUAGGUUUGCAGUUCAGUGCAUUGUGAGCCUGAGAAAAUGGGUUAAUACAAUACUUCAAUUAAGCGUCUUCUAUGAACGCAAAGUAUUUUUUUAUUUUUUCCCAACUGAGGCUCCGUGUUGGUCCCAGCUUUGCUUUUUCCAAAGCUAACGCUCUGCAUGAGUCAGCCUCGUUUUUGUCAUGGAUCAGUUGCUUUGCAAUGGAUAGUUUGGAUUAGGCUGUUUCAGAUCAGGUGGGGUUCGGCAUCAGUUAAGGAAAGGGGGGGGGUCUCUGUGAAAUAGAUUUCUGGGAGGAAUCCUUUUGCUGUGCCCACAGCUGAUUUGCAGGCCAGUGAAGAAGGACUGACCUCUUUCCUUUCUCAAUUCUCAGUUGUUGGGCAUCCCUGAAUGGAUUCCAACAAAUUUCCUGCCUCUUUGGGGCCCCUGUCUCUGCACAAUAAGCCCCUGAUUGGGGAUCUCCCUGCGGGCCUGGAGUUCGGAGAGGAUCUGCUGGCCUCCCAAACAGCCUCCAUCCCACAAGCAGCGACUGUCCAGUCCCAAGAGAUGGAGUGGGAGGUGUCUAAGCAAGCAGCGUCCGACGGUAGCUUGGAGUUUGGCGUGGGGAAAGCCGGUGACCUGUCCACCUUAAGCAAGUCUUUGGCCCUCAGUAAGCCCAGCACUUUGGCUAUCCUGGAGAAGCCUGGCCUUCUGGACAGCUUGAGCAAAGGAGGGGGCCAGGAGGUGCUAGAGAAGUCUGGGGACCCCGAUGGCUUGUUCAAGGCAGGUGGAUCUGUGGACCCAGAGAAUGGCACCGAAGCCCCCCCUGUGCCGGGAACUGAACGCCUGAGUCCCGAAGCUUUGCAGGAGGAGGGGGGGUCCCAAGGAGGCAUGGAGCAGGAGAGCCACGUCAAGCACACAGGCUGUGUUCCAAACAGCUCCGCCAAGGACGACCCUGAGGUGGUUGAGGUGAGCAGCUUCACCCCUUCCCAAGAAGCAGCCCCCUCACUCGGCAGCCCCCCAACGAGCCCACGGCUGGCGAAGAAGCCCCGGUUGAAAUCCCCCAAGAAGAGCUCCCUGGAGCACAAGGAGGAUGCUUUGGCACCCGCAGAGGAGGAAGAAGAGCCCACUCCGAACAGCAUUCCUGAGCCUGUGCCGCCCCCUCUGGAAGUGGCCGAGGGGAGUCUGAGUGCAGCCAAGAAAGAAAGUGGCCCCAGUGAAGCUGCAAAAGCACAGGAAGCGGGACCCCCGCCCUCCCUUGCAGGGGAAGGUGCUGGUGCGAAGGCAGCCGAGGCACCCGUUGAAAGGGAGCAGAAGAGGAGCGAGCGAGCCAGGAGGGCAGAGGUAUCUCGGCCAGAAACAGUCAACUCUUCAGAGAGCAUCCCCGUCUCUGAUGAGGACUCGGAUGCCAUGGUGGAUGACCCUAACGACGAGGACUUCGUCCCCUUCCGCACCCGCCGCCCCACCCGCCUGUCUCUGCGCAACCAGAUGGCCCAGCGGGCGGCCCGCUCGACCGUCACCAAGAUGACCUGCGCCAACUGCCGCACGCCACUGCAGAAGGGACAGACGGCCUACCAGCGCAAGGGGCUCCCCCAGCUCUUCUGCUCCAGCUCCUGCCUCACCACCUUCUCCAAGCGGCCCCUCAGCAGGAAGAGCUGCACCUUCUGCAAAAAGGAGAUUUGGAACACCAAGGACUCGGUGGUGGCCCAGAUCGGCUCCGACAGCUCUUUCUACGAGUUCUGCACUUCGGUUUGCCUCUCGCUGUACGAAGCGCAGCAGCAGCAGCAGCGUCCGGCUCUGCAGGCUGCCGAAACCUCAGACUCCGUCCGGUGCAGCGUCUGCUACAAGACUGGAGAGAUUCAGCACGAAGUGAGCAACGGCAGCGUGGUGCACCGCAUCUGCAGCGACGCCUGCUUCACUAAGUUCCGGGCCACCAAAGGGCUGAAGACCAACUGCUGCGACAGCUGCGGCCUUUACCUAUACAACAAGGGGGUCCCCUUGGAGUAUCUCUUCCACGAGGGGCAGCAGAAGCGCUUCUGCAACCCCGCCUGCCUCAACAGCUACAAGAAGAAACACACCCGAGUCUACCCGUGCAUGUGGUGCAAGACGCUGUGCAAGAACUUCGACAUGCUCUCCCACAAAGACCGGAACGGCAAGCUGGGUCUCUUCUGCUCCAUCUGCUGCACCACUUCCUACAAGGUCAAGCAGGCCGGACUGACAGGACCCGUCCGGCCUUGCAGCUUUUGCCGGAAGAGCCUGUCUGAGCCUUGCUAUUACAACAAGAACAAGCAGGUGGUGUACCAGUUCUGCAGCCCCAGCUGCUGGACCAAAUUCCAGCGCUCCAGCCCAGAAGGUGGGAUCCACUUGACCUGCCAUUCCUGCCACAACCUCUUCACUGGGAAGCCCGAGAUCCUGGAUUGGCAGGACAAGGUCUACCAGUUCUGCUGCCGGGAUUGCUGUGAGGACUUCAAGCGGCUGCGAGGGGUGGUGUCCCAGUGCGAGCACUGCAAGCAGGAGAAGCUGCUGCACGAGAAGAUCCGCUUCUCGGGAGUGGAGAAGAACUUUUGCAGCGAAGGGUGUGUGCUUCUUUACAAACAGGAUUUCACCAAAAACCUGGGUCUCUGCUGCGUCACCUGCACCUAUUGCUCCCAAACCUGCCAGCGAGCUGUCACCGAGCAGCUGGAGGGCAGCACCUGGGACUUCUGCAGUGACGACUGCAAAAGCAAAUACCUGCUCUGGUACUACAAGGCAGCUCGGUGCCAUGCUUGCAAGCGGCAGGGGAAGCUGUUGGAAACUAUUCACUGGCGAGGUCAAAUCAAGCAUUUCUGCAACCAGCAAUGUCUGUUGAGAUUUUACAACCAACAGAAUCAGCCCAACCUGGACACCCAGAAAGGGCCUGAGAGUCUGCUGAACAGUCAGGCCCCGGAGCCCAAGCAACCCUCUGCCACUGCCCAGAAAGCAGAGCCCAGCGCGGAGCCUGCCAAGGCUGCCCCCACCUCGCCAGCAUCAGCUCCGCUCCAGCCCCCUCAGCCGGUCACCCCCCGGAAGAACAAGGCAGCCAUGUGCAAGCCUCUCAUGCAGAACCGAGGGGUUUCCUGCAAGACAGAGAUGAAGUCCAAGGGCUGCCAGACAGACGACUGGAAGCCUCAGGUGAUUGUGCUGCCCAUCCCGGUGCCAGUCUUUGUGCCUGUGCCCAUGAACAUGUACUGCCAGAAAGUCCCAGUGCCUUUCUCCAUGCCGGUCCCCGUUCCCGUGCCAAUGUUUCUGCCCACCACCCUGGAGAGCACAGAGAAGAUUGUGGAGACCAUUGAGGAGCUGAAGGUGAAGAUCCCUUCCAACCCCCUGGAAGCCGACAUCCUGGCCAUGGCGGAGAUGAUCGCGGAGGCCGAAGAGUUGGACAAAGCCUCCUCAGAUCUGUGUGACCUGGUGAGCAACCAGAGUGCCGAAGGGCUCCUGGAGGACUGCGACCUCUUUGGGCCAGCCAGGGACGACGUGCUGGCCAUGGCGGUCAAGAUGGCGAAUGUCCUGGAUGAGCCGGGGCAGGACCUGGAAGCCGACUUCCCUAAAAACCCCUUGGACAUCAAUCCCAGCGUGGACUUCCUCUUCGACUGCAGCCUGGUCGCCCCCGAGGACGUUGCUGCAGACCCAGACUUGCCUCGCUCGAUUCGCAAGGGCCAGAAGCGCCUGGUGCUGUCAGAGAGCUGCUCCAGGGACUCGGUAAGCAGCCAGCCCAGCGGCUCAGCUCUCAACUCCUCCUACGGGGUGAACGCCUGGAAGAGCUGGGUGCAGGCCAAGUACGUGGGUGCCGAAACCAGCAAGGGCGACGAGCUGCGCUUUGGCCCCAAGCCCAUGCGGAUCAAGGAGGACAUCCUGGCCUGCACGGCGGCCGAGCUGAACUAUGGCCUGGCUCAGUUCGUCAAGGAGAUCACCCGGCCCAACGGGGAGCGCUACGAGCCAGACAGCGUCUAUUACCUGUGCCUGGGAAUCCAGCAGUACCUGUUGGAGAACAACCGCAUGGUCAAUAUCUUCACCGACCUCUAUUACCUGACUUUUGUGCAAGAGCUCAACAAGUUGCUGAGUGGCUGGCAGCCCUCCAUCCUGCCCAACAGCGCGGUCUUCUCCCGCGUGGAAGAGGAGCACCUCUGGGAGUGCAAGCAGCUGGGCGUCUACUCCCCGUUUGUGCUGCUCAACACCCUGAUGUUCUUCAACACUAAGUACUUUGGGCUGCAGACGGCCGAGGAGCACAUGCAGCUCUCCUUCACCAACGUGGUGCGGCAGUCGCGCAAGUGCACCACGCCACGGGGCUCGGCCAAAGUUGUGAGCAUCCGCUACUACGCACCUGUGCGGCACCGGAAGGGCCGAGAGAGCAGCCUGGGCAAGCGGAGGAGAGAGGAGGAGGCGCCGGUCUUGGAGCAGCGGGAGAACCGCCUGAACCCCUUGCGUUGCCCCGUCAAGUUCUAUGAGUUCUAUCUCUCCAAAUGCCCCGAGACCCUCCGCAGCCGCAACGACGUCUUCUACCUGCAGCCAGAGCGCUCCUGCAUCGCGGAGUCCCCGCUCUGGUAUUCUGUCAUCCCCAUGGAUAAGAGCAUGCUGGAGAGCAUGCUGAACCGCAUCCUGGCUGUGCGCGAGAUCUACGAGGAGCACAGUCGCGGGGCAGGAGGCCUGGAUGAUGACAUGGACUGACCGGGGCGGCCCUCGCUGUGAGAGAAGGUGGGCUCUGGUGCUGUUCCCCACCCCCCCGGCUGCAGGGACCGGGGGCAUCUCGCCUGUGAGCCCUUCCCUUUCUGGGUGGACGGACACAGAGGACUCGGCCGCCACAUCUUCCACCCUGGCGAGUGGGUGCCUGGUGCCUCCGUCCUCCCCACGCUUCUCGGGAGUCCCUGCUUGGCUGGCCUUGUCACCUGGUCUCUCACUCCAGACUGGCAGGGAAGGGGGCGCAGGCUGCUUCUGGACUUGGAGGUUGGAUCGAGAGCCCCAGACCUCUGCCUCUUCUGGCCGUGGGGGGGGAGGAGGGAGGGAGGGGGUGGUUCCCGAGGGCCCGCUCUCUUGUAUGCCCCCUCCCCUUCUGUUGACAUCUGGUCCUGCCCUGCUGCUCUUCCUCCAGGGGCUCAGAGGCCGCCUUGCACCCGGGUCCCCCCCUGUCUCUGUGUGUGGCAUUGAACUCUGAGCUAUGGCUGGUGGUGGUGCCGUUUGUUGAGCCUGUAUAUACAUUGUCCUGGCCCAGCCCUGCAGUGUCCGUGUCUCCAGUGAGCCAGUUGCGGGCCUCGUUGUCGCGUUGUGAUAUACUGGACGUUAAAACCCGGCCCCUGCCCUCCCUGCGUCUCUCUGGAAACCAUUCAUUUCAAAUAAAGGCAGAAAAGCUC